CGGUACGUGGCACCAGGGAGGAGUCCGCGACGGAGAGCUGCACCCACUUCUGCCCUGUUCCACGUCCGAUUCUUUACUUUACCUGAGCACUAAACCCCGCUCCGUUGACAGCUUAAGGUGUCAGUAUCUUCUCUUAAGGUUAACUCUCUAUCCCCGUCUCGGACAGUCCAGCACGAUGGGUCUCACCUUCUCGUCGCUGUUCACGAAGCUUUUCGGCAAGAAGCAGAUGAGAAUACUCAUGGUUGGAUUGGAUGCUGCUGGAAAGACCACUAUACUGUAUAAACUGAAGCUUGGGGAAAUCGUUACCACUAUCCCGACAAUCGGUUUCAACGUGGAGACGGUAGAAUACAAGAACAUCUGCUUCACUGUGUGGGAUGUCGGCGGUCAGGACAAGAUCCGACCUCUGUGGCGACACUACUUCCAGAACACGCAGGGCCUCAUCUUCGUUGUGGACAGCAACGACCGAGAGAGAGUUGCAGAGUCCAAAGACGAGCUCGUGAAAAUGCUGCAGGAGGACGAGCUGAAGGACGCGGUGGUGCUGGUGUUUGCUAACAAACAGGACCUGCCCAACGCCAUGCCCGUCAACGAACUCUCCGACAAGCUGGACCUGCAUAAUUUGCGCACCAGGACCUGGCAAGUCCAGGCCACCUGUGCCACCCAGGGCACGGGACUCUACGAGGGACUCGAUUGGCUAUCCAGCGAGCUGUCGAAGCGCUAGAGGGGGGAGGGGGGGGAGAAAGGGGGAGGGAGGUACACAGGAGUGGACAUGAGUGACAUGAACAUGUGCAGCUGGAAGGAGGGGGAGCGCUCAGCAACAAGUAGGAGGAGGAUGUAGAGAUGCAGCAUUCCAUCAGAGGAAAACACGUUUUGUUUGUCUUUUGUUGAAGUUUGUUUCGUUUUAAAUUAUAAGUGUGUUUGAACGGUAGAACAUGCAGUCGUGGACUUUGCACUCAAGUUCCGGUUCUGAUGCCUUUUCUUUUUUCCCCAUUUCAUUUUGUGUUGUCCUUGAAGGUGUUUUAGAAUGUUGUCCUUUUUUUUUUUUC